CCCCUCACCCCCAUUCCCUAACUCCGCCGGGACCCGAGGGCAAGAGCCGGCCCCGCUCUGCCCCGGGGGGCGGGGGGCCCGGAGGCUGUGGAGCAGAGGAGGGAGCGGGCGGGCUGGCGGCGCGGCCGCGUAAGAUGAGCAGAAGUUGCUCUGGGCUGGGCAGGGUCCUGGUGAUUGUGGCUGCAGCCCUAGUGUCUGUCUCCUCUGCUGGCCCUGAGGCCUGGGGUCCCCCAGGGGUCCAGUACGGGCAGCUUGGAGACACCAUUGUGCUUUUGUGUCCAGGAGUGACUCCCGGGACGCUGGUUUCCUGGCACCGUGCUGAUGGCCAUGCAGUCCUGGGGACAGCAAGGUCAGAGUUAGGAUUGCGACAGCGGGAAUUGGUCCUGGAGCGGGUGAAUAGUAAAGAUGAGGGCACCUACAUCUGUCAGCCCCAGGAUGGGGGAAACAGAGGCUCUGUGACUCUCCAACUAGGCUACCCCCCAUCUCGUCCCAUGGUUUCCUGCCGGGCAUCAGACUAUGAGAAUUUCUCCUGUUCCUGGAGUCCUAGCCGGGUCAGUGGCCUCCCAACACGAUAUGUUGCCUCCUACAGGAAGAAAAUCAUCCUUGGAACAGAAAGAGGAAGGCCAGCGCUGUCUGCAGAUCCCUGGCCAUGCUUGCCGGAACUUCCUGGGGCUACCCGGUGUGUGGUCCAUGGCUCUGAGUUCUGGAGCCAAUAUCGGAUUAAUGUGACUGAGGUGAACCCCCUGGGGGCCAAUGCCCGCCUACUGGAUGUGAGCAUGCAGAGCAUCUUAAGACCAGACCCACCCCAGGGACUUCGAGUGGAACCGAUUCCAGGGGCUCCCCGACGUCUCCUGGUCAGCUGGGCCUAUCCAGACUCCUGGCCCCUCCAACCCCACUUUCUGCUCAAGUUCCGACUGCAAUACCGCCCCGUGCGUCACCUGACCUGGUCCAUGGUAGAGCCGGCUGGGCUCGAGGAGGUCAUCACCGAUGCUGUGGCUGGACUGCCUCAUGUUGUUCGAGUUAGUGCCCGAGACUUCCUUGACGCUGGCACUUGGAGUGACUGGAGUGAGGAGGCCUGGGGGACCCCGAGUCCUGCACUGGCUGCCUUUGGCCCGAGCACCAGACCCAGCCAGAAGCCCGAGGAGAUGCAGACACAGCCACAGGUGCAGGUGCAGGCACAGACCGAGAUGAAGCCAGAGAGACGUGUUCUUCCGGGGCCUUCCCAGCAGCCUGACUCUCAGCCACUAAUGGACCACAGGGAUCCCCUGGAGCAGGUGGCUGUGGUAGCAUCUCUGGGUGUCUUCUCUUUUGUGGGGCUGGCAGCGGGGGCCCUCGCACUCCUACUCUGGCUGAGGCUGAGAGGAAACAGAAAAGGGGCUGCCCCAAAGCCUGGAUUCUUGGCUCCUAUGGUGCAAGUGAAGACCAUGCCUGUGGCUCAGAUCCUGUAGUGAACCUUGAAGGAUCCUCAUUCCUAGUAGGAUCUUUACGGUCAGCAGCAGUGUGGAAAAGGCAGCUGGAGUUUCUGGAAGGACAGUUGACCCCCGCCUCCAACUCCACUGUCUUGAGGGGCUAUUGUUUAUGGUCCAUUUUUGUGGGACUCACCAGUAUCCCUAAUAUUUGCUAUUCAAUGAGUGGGUGAACAACUCCUUAGUCAUGGGGCUUGUGCACCAUCCUCCCUUUCUCACCCCAACCCUGGCUCUGAGUAAGGGGAACAGACUUCCCUCCCAAAAAUCUGGGCCCAUAAGGGAAAUUACACACCUGAGUCAGGGUGACGUGUGUUUGUAUCUAUGUACGUGUGGGAAAUGUCUGUGUGUGUGUUUGCGUGUCUAUGUGUAGGACACCCGAUAUGAAUCUGGUGGCUAGCAUGGGCUUUCUGAAGACUACACACCUGUGGCUGAUUAGACACAUACCUGUAUAAGUCUCCUAACUCUGGGUUUGUAUAUGGCCACCAGUGCAUGUUGGUGGGAAAGGGAGCCUGGAGGAGGAUAGGGCAUCUUUUGCCUUGUAUCUAUGUGAAUAAAGGGGAAUCAGGAGUUCUUUGUCA